AUGGAUUCUCAACCCAUUAUUCGUGAUCUUGUUUCAGCCAAUAUUGUAUCAACAAUAGGAUCCUCACACGGAACUGCUGUUCAAUUAGUCGAAAGUGAUAAAAAUCCAUUUGGUCAUACCAUCGUAAAUACACAAAAUGAUAGAGUAUCAGACCCACAAGAUCUUGUAAACUUAGCUCGACAAAUCGAAACAUGUGAUGCAUUUGUUCGAGCCAAUGUUUCCAAUCGUUUACAAGUUAUUGUUAAUCAAAUGAACUAUUUACGUCAGGAAGCUCAACGUACAUUAAUGAAAGCACGACGCGAUGAUGAGCUAAAUCACUGCGCUUGCAAUCUUGUUCGACGACCCGGUCAAACCUAUUAUCAUUAUGAGAGACCCACUGGACAAAAAUAUUUAUCUAUUAUGCAUCCACAAGAUUGGUUAACAAGUACAAAAAGUAAUGGUUGUCCACAUCGGUUUUUAGGUGCCUAUAGACUUGAAUAUGAUAACUCUUGGACAAGAGACCCAACUGAUUUUGACGAUGGAUUAGAUGAUCCAUUAGAUGAAUUGAAACAACAGAAAGCAAAUGAUGCGAAGCAAAACCAGAAAAUGCUUGAAUUUCUUAUUAAAUCAUAA